AUGAAUCAUUGUUUAAAUAUUAGUAAAAGACUAUUUACAGAAGAAGCUUCAAAUAUUUUAGAUAAUUUAAUUAAAGUUCUAAAUCAGCUUAGAAAAAAUGUAACUAAGUGGAUUUUAGAAAAUACUUGA